AUGUCUCGCAUUCUCGUACCAGAGCAAUACCUCUUCCUCGCCGUGCUCGCCUUUUUCUUCCUCGUCUCCCUGCUGCAGCUGCGAGUGACAUGGGUGGAGAAGCUCAGCGCCCUGGACCUGCCACCCGAGGGCUUCGCCAGCCUUGCAAAGACAGGACAGCCAAUCGGGACGAAGCUGAGUCAGCGUGCCAUGCUGGCGUACACUUCAGCUGACAUCGCAGCGCUCCACCGCGCCAUGCAAGAAGAUUCAGAGCAGGUGCGGCAGCAGCUGGCAGCAGGCAUGGAGGGGGUGGCGCGGGAGGUGGGGCAGCUGCGCCAGGCCAGCAGCAAGGCGGCGGGGGACGCGGCGCAGGUGCUGAGAGAGGGGCAGGAGGGGCUGCAGCAGCUGCAGGCGGAGAUUAAAGAGCUUAAAGCCCGCGUGCGCCGGCAGGGCGAGGAGCUGUCUCAGCAGAUGGUGACCCUGGCUCGCCUGCAGGCAAGCAGCAAGGCGGCGGGGGACGCGGCGCAGGUGCUGAGGGAGGGGCAGGAGGGGCUGCAGCAGCUGCAGACAGAGAUUCGGGAGCUUAAAGCCCGCGUGCACCGGCAGGGAAGGGAUAUCUCUCAGCAGAUGGCGGCCCUGGCUCGGGUGCAUGUAAGUGGCAGGGGGGUGGAAGCAGCAGGCACGGCAGAACAACGCCAACACUCGGGCUGCCGCUGCCGAUUUGUGAGUCGACUCAAAGAUCAGAUCAUCCCUGCUGCGUCUUUCCACCCUCAUCUUCUCCUCUCCACUCUCCAGCAGCAAGCACGGCAGAACAACGCUCGGGCUGCCGCUGCCGCCGCCACUGCUGCUGCAGUUACUGAAGCUGGCGGUGGUAGCAGCAACAGCAGCGGUGGCAGUGGGGGGAGGGGGAGCGGGGUAUACCACAGGCCGUGGCGGCGGAACGGGUUCCGGAGGUGGAAGAUCACGGAUGACCGCCCGCAGUACUGGCGGCAGCGCGUGUUUGAGAAAUACGGCGCCUAUGGCUUUGUCAAAUUCAGUGCAUACCGCAUGAGUGCAAGGCGAAUAGCCAUAAUAGGCAUGGUGCCGGUGGCCAUGGAGGGCAAGACGCGCCUCAGGGGGCUCCUGUUGACUUCAUUGACUCUCUUGACCCUGCUUCCUCUCCCUCCUAUCCCAUGCGUCCCCCAGUGCAUACCGCAUGAGUGCAAGGCGAAUAGCCAUAAUAGGCAUGGUGCCGGUGGCCAUGGAGGGCAAGACGCGCCUCAGGGGGCUCCUGUUGACUUCAUUGACUCUCUUGACCCUGCUUCCUCUCCCUCCUAUCCCAUGCGUCCCCCAUGCAUACCGCAUGAGUGCAAGGCGAAUAGCCAUAAUAGGCAUGGUGCCGGUGGCCAUGGAGGGCAAGACGCGCCUCAGGGGGCUCCUGUUGACUUCAUUGACUCUCUUGACCCUGCUUCCUCUCCCUCCUAUCCCAUGCGUCCCCCAUGCAUACCGCAUGAGUGCACGGCGAAUAGCCAUAAUAGGCAUGGUGCCGGUGGCCAUGGAGGGCAAGACGCGCCUCAGGGGGCUCCUGUUGACUUCAUUGACUCUCUUGACCCUGCUUCCUCUCCCUCCUAUCCCAUGCGUCCCCCAUGCAUACCGCAUGAGUGCAAGGCGAAUAGCCAUAAUAGGCAUGGUGCCGGUGGCCAUGGAGGGCAAGACGCGCCUCAGGGGGCUCCCGUUGACUUCAUUGACUCUCUUGACCCUGCUUCCUCUCCCUCCUAUCCCAUGCGUCCCCCAUGCAUACCGCAUGAGUGCAAGGCGAAUAGCCAUAAUAGGCAUGGUGCCGGUGGCCAUGGAGGGCAAGACGCGCCUCAGGGGGCUCCCGUUGACUUCAUUGACUCUCUUGACCCUGCUUCCUCUCCCUCCUAUCCCAUGCUGCUGCUGUGCACAUUCGACAGUGCCACCAAGGCAGCAGGAGGCCACCUGGAGGCGAGGAUAGAGCAGGAGAUACUGUUCCCGUACAGAGAGGAGGCGAGUGAGCCUCUCGAGGCCCCAUCACCCCUCCCUCUGAACAUAGCGGCGUGCGUCGCCCCCAUUCACGGCACCAUCGAUGCCAGGAGGCUCCUAGAACGGCUGCACUUCCACCGCGUGCUCCUCCCUGUGGACCGCUUCCUGCUCUACGAUGCGGGGGGCAUCGCGGGCAACGGGGAGGCGGGGGCGGCGCACAAGGAGGUGCAGCGGGUGCUGGCGCCGCGGGUGAAGCGAGGCAUGGUGGACGUGAUGUGGCGGUUCAGAGAGGUGCUGCAGUGGGACGUGUGGAACUAUGGCGAGGACUGCAUAUACCGGACGCGCAACGCCGCCCGCUGGCUGCUCGUCUCCGACAUCGACGAAUACCUCCAAAUCCCGCCGCCCCUCUCGCUGCCAGUGCUGCUACAGGAGCACGAGUCGCUCCCGUGGCUGACCUUUGGCGCUACAGCCUUUAAUGGAUCCUUCUGCUCCCCGCUACAGCUGCCACCCCAGGCAGCAGGGGGAGGGGAGGGGGAUGGGGAGGGUGGGGGAGGGGAAGAGGGGACUGGGGGCGGGGAGGAGGAAGAGGAGGAGAGGAAGCGGGCUGCUGCGAUGGCUGCAAAUGAGGCCAAAGCCGCUUUUGCCGUGGAACGAAUGCGGUUCAGGUGGCCCCACCCGGUGUGCUCUGCUACAGACGUCUAUAGCGCCAGCCAGUGCCUGGGCGAAGAGGGCUCACGGCGCUACAUCCUCGACCCGCGUCAGGCUGGCACCGCUACAGCCAAUAGCGUCGCGUCGUCUCGCCCAGGAAUCAACCUCCCUGUGGAGACUGCCAGGCUGGCGCGCUUCCCUGGUAUCAGCCAAUUGGGCUUUGCCACGUGUACGCUGGGCGAGCCGAGUGACAGCUGGUGGGAGAGAGAGGAGGGGGUGGCGGCGCUGGCAGAGGCGGCGAGGAGGUGUCCGGCCUUAAAGCCACGGACGAAAGGGGCGUCUGCUGAGGUGGUGAAAGGGGAGGAGGGGGUGGCGGCGCUGGGAGAGGCGGCAAGGAGGUGUGGCAUAGACCCCCACACCCAUCUCGCCAUGCCCUUCAUGGGAACAGAGUUGUUGACGAUUUCUAUUCGGGCCAGGCAGCAGCGCUGGCAGGCGGCACCACCUUUCACAUCGACUAUGUGCUCUCUGCUCUCCUCCCGCUCCCUUUCUCUCUCCUCCCCUCUCUCCUCCUUUCCCCUCCCUUCCCCUCCUUCCCAUGCGUCCUCCCCUGUCCCUCUCGCCCCAGGCGGCAUCGACCCCCACACGCACCUCGCCAUGCCCUUCAUGGGAACCGAGUCGCGGCAUAGACCCCCACACGCACCUCGCCAUGCCCUUCAUGGGAACCGAGUCACCCCCACACGCACCUCGCCAUGCCCUUCAUGGGAACCGAGUCGCGGCAUAGACCCCCACACGCACCUCGCCAUGCCCUUCAUGGGAACCGAGUCGUGCGACGAUUUCUUCUCGGGCCAGGCAGCAGCGCUGGCAGGAGGCACCACCUUCCACAUUGACUAUGUGCUGGGAGCCACGCCAGAGGCAGGGGGGGACCUGCUGCGGAUUCUGGCGGAGUAUGAGGGGAAGGCAAGGGGCAACGCGGUGAUGGACUAUGGGUUCCACAUGGGUGUCACGCGGUGGAGCGAGGCCGUGGAGAGGGACAUGGAGGAGGUGGUGCGGCGAGGCAUCAACUCGUUCAAGUUCUUCAUGGCGUACAAGGGCGCACUGCAGGUGGACGACCAGCAGCUGCUGGAUGGCUUCACUCGCUGCAAGCAGCUUGGCGCCAUCCCCCAGGUGCAUGCAGAGAACGGUGAUGCAGUGGUGUGGGGGCAGCAGCACAUAUUCGACCUUGGCAUCACCGGCCCCGAAGGCCACCCCUUGUCCCGCCCUCCCGAGGUGGAGGAGGAGGCGACAGGCAGGGCCAUUCGGCUGGCGAAUGUGGUGGGGGUGCCACUGUACGUGGUGCAUGUCAUGAGCGCAGGGGCCGCCAGGGAGGUGGCAGAGGCCAGGCGCAGAGGGCAGCGAGUGGUGGGGGAGCCGGUGGUGUCGGGCAUCGCUCUCAACGACUCGCACCUCUGGUCGCCUGACUUCCAGCACGCUGCUCAGUUCGUGAUGAGUCCACCCAUCCGCUCAGCAGAGCACGUGGCAGCAGUCAAAGCAGCACUCGCCACUGGCACGCUGCAGCUGGUGGCCACAGACCACUGCCCUUUCAACUCGUCUCAGAAGGCCAAAGGGCGUCAUGACUUCCGCCUCAUUCCCAACGGCGUCAACGGCAUUGAGGAGCGCAUGCACAUCACAUGGGAUGUGAUGGUGAAUUCGGGUCUCAUGUCACCCAGUGAUUAUGUCCGCAUCACCAGCACAGAGUGCGCAAAGAUAUUCAACCUGUACCCGCAAAAGGGUGUGGUGGCUGAGGGCUCAGAUGCGGACGUGAUUGUGUUGAAUCCACGAGGUAGCACCACCAUCAGCGCUGCCACUCACCACUCCCGCAUUGACACGAAUGUCUACGAGGGGUGGCGCAUGCAGGGCAACAUCGAGGUGACAGUGAGUCAGGGGAGGGUGGUGUGGCAGCACGGGCGGCUGAAUGUCACCCGGGGGGCGGGGCGUUUCGUCCCCAUGCGGCCGUUCGGCCCGCUGUUCCGCGGCAUACAGACGAGGGAUGCCGCCCGCCUGCACUCGUACCACGCCCCUUGGGGGGAGAUGGGGAGGGGAGUGUUGUAUGGAGUGGGGGAGAGAUGGUGGGGGGAAGUUCUGCUGACACCGCUGCCAUUGAAGCUGCUUGCUUCCUCAACAGGCGGGAUUCUGCUGCCCGCCCGCCUGCCCUCGUACGAUGCCCCUGUGAGACGAGAUGACGACGGGAGCGGUGCUGCUGACGUUGCUGCUCCGUUAAGUUGGUAG